UGCUGUAUGUGUGUCGCAGAUUUAAAAAGUGAGAGAGGGAGAGAGCAGGAGUUUCUUCAAGGGGGAGACAGGCACUCACCCCUCCUCUUCCACCCCCUCUACCUGCGUAUUUACCUCCUAGGUGUUUCAUUGCUGUUUAUUUACCUGCUGUUUUUAUCGGCUGCCUGCUCUUUAACAGUACCAUUAUCAGGUCAGCUUAUUUUGAGCGCGUGCAGGACAUGGAGCUGUCAUCAAUAGGUGACCAGGUGUUCGCUGUGGAGUCAAUAACGAAGAAGAGGGUGAGAAAGGUAUCACUGUGCACAGACAUAAUAUACGAUGGCAGAUUGACUGGCUGGCCAGAUGUCUCCAUUGCUGCCAUGUUGCCGGAGGCAGGUCCAGGUAACGUUGAGUAUCUCCUGAAGUGGCAGGGAUGGCCACAAAAGUACAGCACCUGGGAACCGGAGGAUAACAUUUUAGACCCUCGGCUGGUCAUCGCCUAUGAAGAGAGUCAGGAAAAAAUCAGAGCUCUGGCCUAUCGUAGAAAAGGGCUCCGACCGAGGAAACUGGUCCUGCGGAAUGUCUUUGCCAUGGACCUCCGCAGCGCCCACAAGGUGGCAGUGAAGCCUCCCCCUCGGCUGCGUCUGUCCCUCACCCGUUCCAUGAGCACAGAUGUGGAGGAGGGCGAGCGAGCGGGCAUGUACCGCCGGCACACCUGGCAGAGAAACAAACUGAGGAAGAGGGGACCACAGCUCAGAGCUCUCCGACUACCACCAAAGAAGAAGGAGGAGAGUAUAGAGGACAAGUGGAGUGGCACCAUUGAAAAUGAGAAGCAGGAGACUGAAAGCGUUAUGGAGGAGAGACGAGAAGACAGCGAAUACGGUCAAUCAGAGUGCAGCUCGCCACCCCUGCUGGAGCGACAGGACGUCCAGGACGAAGUGAUGGAGGAGAAGGUGGAUCAUCUAACAGGUGGAGGCACACAGACGUGGACUGACAGUGCAGAAGCAACAAAGAUGCAAUCAUAUGUGUGUGACCAAUCAGAGGACAGCAUCUCUGCGCCAGAGGCGUGCUCAGGAGAUGCUGCGACGAAUGGGGACGGGUCGUACUGGAGCGACGGCGAGGAGGAGGUGGAGUCAGAGUGUCCGACGUUAGAGAGAAUCGAAGACACGACCUCGGUGGUGGCGAACGUUCAGGAGAAAGAUGACAAUGAGAAUGUCACCAUCGCGACACCGGCCCAGGCUCCUCCCACAUCAGCAGAGCAUGCUGGGAAGGUGAUCGUGACCAAAGUGACAAUCGACUCGCUGACGGUGAUUUUUAAAGAAGCAAUGAUGGCUGAAGGGUUCUUUAAGGGAUUUUAAAGGAUGUAGUCAUCUCUUAUUUUAUACAUGUAAAUAUUUAUGUUUGUAAAAUAAUUCACGUUUACAAGCCUCACUCGUUUCUACAAAGUUCAAUGAAGACAUCAUCGCCUUUAAUAAAAUGAGCGGGCUUCUUUAUGGCUCAUGAAUGAGGCGAUAUAAUCCCGAGGACCACAAACCAGCUCAAACCAUCCAUAAAACCUUCCAUAAAGCGUCUGUACUGAUGGAUCUGAGCUGAUGCUGCUGAGACAAACAUGCUGCAGUCUGACACUAACACUCCACAUUUGUACUUCCGUGCAGAUAUUUAUCUCGUCGUCCUAGGUGCUCAGAUCCGUUCAGUCUUUCUUACAGUUUGUACUUUUUUUCAGCACUUCCACGGCGCUCACUGCAUGCCGUCAGUCCGUCCACAAAGGGCCGUCUUGUGGUUUGUUAAAGAUGUUUAUUUCUGUCGCUAAAGGAUAAAAAAACAGAAAGAAUUAACGUCUGAUGCUCUGGUGAUGUUCUGCUUUUAGAGGAAGAACAAAACGAAACGAAGUUCACAGUGAUGUUUCUGUCUGUUUCUGGGUUUGAUGUUCUUCCUGGUUCUAUUUUUGUAUAACCAGCUGAUCGUCUCUCUCUUUCUCGCACUUUGUGCUUUUUUAAAGCGCUGAUAUCAGUUUACUCUGCUGCUGUUCUGCUGUUUAAUGUUAGACUGUGAUGAGCUUUUACUUAAUGCAUGUCACACGUACAAGAUUAACUCCAAGAGUGUCUAUUUCUAAAGCCUGUUAAGCUAUAUUCUCUUUAAACACAUGAAGUUUUAUUUUAGUGCAUUUCCAAUAAACAUGUACAAAAUAA